AUGUCCCCCCCCCCCCAGAUCCUGUACAACAGAACCAUGCUGCAGCUGGGGAUCUGUGCCUUCCGCCAGGGCAUGAUCAAGGACGCCCACAAUGCCCUGCUGGACAUCCAAUCGAGUGGCCGCGCCAAGGAGCUGCUGGGCCAGGGCCUGCUCAUGAGGAACAUGCAGGAGGGGAACGCCGAGCAGGAGAAAAUCGAGAAGAGGCGACAGGUGUCCUUCCACAUGCACAUCAACCUGGAGCUGCUGGAGUGCGUGUACCUGGUGUCUGCCAUGCUGCUGGAGAUCCCCUACAUGGCGGCCCACAAGUUUGACGCCCGCCGCAGGAUGAUCAGCAAGCAGUUCCACCACCAGCUGAGGGUGGGCGAGAGGUAGCCCCUUCUGGGUACGUACAGUAGGCUGUGAAGACAAAGCAGGAUUGUGACCCCCAUCAAGUCCAUGAAGAUUGCCGACUGGCGCACCUGCCACUCAUUCAUCAUCAACGAGAAGAUGAACAGCAAGGUUUGGGAUCUAUUCCCUGAGACGCAGUGCGUACGAGAUGCUUUAGUCGUGAAGAUCCAGGAGGAGUCUCUGAGGACGUUCACCUACAGCAGCGUUUACAACUCCAUCAGUAUGGAGACACUGAAGGAGAUGUUUGAGCUGGAGCUGCCCAUGGUGCAUAGCAUCAUCAGCAAGAUGAUCAUCAACGAAGAGCUCAUGGCAUCCUUGGACCAGCCCACCCAGACGGUGGUGAUGCACCUCACAGAGCUCACCUCCCUGCAGAACAUGGCCCUGCAGCUGGCAGAGAAGCUGGGUGGCCUGGUGGAGAAUAACGAGCGCGUCUUAGACCUCAAGCAGGGCGUCUACGGCGGCUACUUCAACAGAGGUUAA